AUGCCCAUGAAGAGGACGGCUAAGGUCUCUGAGCGCGAGGGCUCCUUCCUGCAGGGGCAGCCUUCCCCAAAAGUUUCUCCCGGGCUCCAAGAAGAGGGAUGCUAUGUAGAGCUGCUGGCCAAGGGCUUGCUCGCGUAUCCGGAGGAAGGACAGUUGGUGAACUCCCGGGGCAUCGGGGAGGAAGUAGAGGAGCCAGGGUUGUCCGUGGGAAUCAAAGCAGAAAUGCACCUCAGCCACGAUCACCUUUCUUCCUCAUCCGAAGAGGAUGUGGAUAUCCAAGAUAAUAAAAUCAAAGCACCUGAGCCACAUCUGUCCCAGAAGAAAACCAUCACCCAGAUCAUGAAAGAUAAAAAGAAACAGACUCAGCUCACUCUACAGUGGCUUGAAGAAAAUUACAUUGUAUGUGAAGGUGUGUGCUUACCGCGAUGUAUCCUCUAUGCACACUAUUUAGAUUUCUGCAGGAAAGAGAAGUUGGAACCUGCCUGUGCAGCCACUUUUGGAAAGACUAUUCGUCAGAAAUUUCCCCUUCUUACUACACGGCGACUUGGGACCAGAGGCCAUUCAAAGUUUUCUGGAAGCAAGCUGAAGAAUGAGGGUGGUUUCACUCGAAAAUAUUCACUCAGCUCAAAAACUGGGACACUUCUUCCAGAGUUCCCCAAUGCACAACACCUUGUGUACCAAGGAUGCAUUUCUAAAGACAAGGUAGAUACUCUCAUUAUGAUGUACAAAACUCACUGCCAGUGUGUUCUGGAUAAUGCAAUUAAUGGAAACUUUGAAGAGAUCCAGCAUUUCUUACUACAUUUUUGGCAAGGAAUGCCUGAUCACCUUCUCCCACUGCUUGAAAAUCCUGUUAUCAUAGACAUUUUCUGUGUUUGUGACUCAAUUCUUUAUAAGGUCCUAACAGAUGUCCUCAUUCCUGCAACAAUGCAAGAAAUGCCUGAAAGUUUAUUAGCAGAUAUUAGAAAUUUUGCUAAAAACUGGGAACAGUGGGUUGUUUCAUCCUUGGAAAACCUUCCAGAAGCCUUAACAGAUAAGAAACUACCCAUCGUACGGAGAUUUGUAUCUUCCUUAAAACGACAAACAUCCUUCUUACAUCUUGCUCAGAUUGCCAGACCAGCCCUUUUUGACCAGCAUGUUGUGAACUCUAUGGUGUCUGACAUUGAAAAGGUUGAUCUGAAUAGCAUUGGCUCUCAGGCAUUUCUCACUGUUUCUGGCAGCACCGAUCCUGAAUCUGAAGUCUACACUGAAUAUGACUCUAUUACAGUGUUCCAAGAACUGAAGGAUUUGCUAAAGAAGAAUGCCACCGUGGAGUCAUUUAUUGAAUGGCUGGAUACUGUGGUAGAGCAAAGGGUCAUUAAGACCAGCAAGCAAAAUGGCAGAUCCUUAAAGAAGAGGGCUCAAGAUUUCCUGUUGAAAUGGAGCUUCUUUGGGGCACGAGUCAUGCAUAACCUGACCUUGAACAACGCCUCCAGCUUUGGUUCUUUUCAUUUGAUCCGAAUGCUUUUGGACGAAUAUAUUCUACUAGCCAUGGAGACACAAUUUAACAAUGACAAAGAGCAAGAGUUGCAGAAUUUAUUGGAAAAGUAUAUGAAGAAUUCAGAUGCAAGCAAAGCCACCUUCACUGCAUCACCAAGCUCUUGCUUUCUGGCCAACCGAAAUAAAGGGAGCAGUGUUUCUAGUGAUGCGUCAGUUAAGAAUGAAUGUCUUGCUGAGGCAAAUUAUAUUUCUCUGCCCUCCAACCAGCCUGGUGUCUUGCCUUCUGCUUUACAUUCUUUCUCUCCUGGGGAUACAGAAACUAUGCAGCUUACAGGUCCAGUAGAGCUAUCUCAGAGUACUGGUCACCUGGUGACACCACCCAUUUCUCCAGCCAUGGUCAGCAGAGGAAGUGUCAUCAACCAGGGGCCAAUGGCUGGGAGACCACCCAGUGUUGGUCAGGUGUUAUCUGCCCAGUCUCACUGCUCAUCAUACUCAGAGCCCCUGUACCAGACUCUCUCACAAACGAACCAGAACUAUUAUGGGACCAGCCCCAACUACCAGACCAUGUUCCGAGCCCAGACCCACACACCAGCAGGAAUCUAUCACCACAGGGCUGAACACAGUCGGUUUAUGGCCCUGAGUGAACAACAGCUUUCUAGAGACUACUUCAGUAACAGCUGUGCUGUAUCUCCAUACACUACCAGGUCACCUUCAAACUAUGGACCACCCUCAACCAUGCAGGAUGCACACAGUAUGCAGUUUCUAAAUAAUGGAAGUUUCAAUUUCCUGAGUAAUACAGGGGCUAAUGGCUGCCAAGGAUCUUCAUAUCCUCCUAAUGCACCUAACGGAUAUUAUGGAAGCAAUGUAAACUACCCAGAGUCUCAUAGGCUUGGAUCAAUGGUUGAUCAGCAUGUGUCUGUCAUCAGCAGUGUGAGCAGCAUUCGCUCAUUGCCCCCCUACAAUGACAUCCAUGAUCCCCUGAACAUCUUAGAUGACAGUAGUCGAAAACAAGCAAGUUCCUAUUAUACAGAUGCAUCUUCUUCAGUUGGCUGUCGGACUCCAACAAUAGGAAUAUUAGCCUUCUUGCAGUUCUUUGAAGAGGACAUUAUCUCCUAUCACCAUACUUCAUGCUGCCUGUCCACCAAGCCUAAAAUGCUCUGCCACCUUGCCUUUGUCUCUUAG